CAACAACAACAACAACAACAACAACAACAACAACAACAACAACAACAACAACAACAACAACAACAACAACAACAACAACAACAACAACAACAACAACAACAACAACAACAACAACAACAACAACAACAACAACAACAACAACAACAACAACAACAACAACAACAACAACAACAACAACAACAACAACAACAACAACAACAACAACAACAACAACAACAACAACAACAACAACAACAACAACAACAACAACAACAACAACAACAACAACAACAACAACAACAACAACAACAACAACAACAACAACAACAACAACAACAACAACAACAACAACAACAACAACAACAACAACAACAACAACAACAACAAUCA